ACCCGCGCAUGCGCAAAUCGCGCUGUGCCUUUGGCGCCAGGAGGUUUUUAGCGACGUCACUUUCCGGAAUACCUCGUGGCGUUCUCCGGGUUUGUCUCUGCAGCCCGGCGCGACGGACAGUUAGGCCCGGUUUACCGUAUUUGCCCGACAGUUGGGGCCGGUUUUACCGUAUUGACCCGAGGGCAUGACGUCUUGGAAUUUAAGACGAUCUACCCUGCCAUGAGACUGUGCACGUGGAAAACUGCGUCUGCUAGAUGGAGGAGGAAGAGGAUGCAAGAAUUGCAAAAGAAAUAGAAAUUGAGUUGAGCAGAAUUAAUGUUUCCUCCCUUGAAGCAGAUGAUUCUGACAUGGAUUUAUCAUCAGAAGCCUCUAGUGUUGGUGAGAAAGUUUCAGAUGAAUUACCAGAAUCAGUUCUCUACUGUUUAAAUGUUAUAAAGAGAAGAAGUCAAAAUUCUGAAAAGCUUAUAUUUCAAGACUUGGAAGAUGAAGAAGCUACAAGUGAUCUCUAUGGAGCAGUUUCUAAUUGUGCUGCAGAUUACUUGGCUGAGUUGGCUUCUGAGCAUAAUGAAGAUCCAGAAGCACUAAAAAUAAAGGUAUUGUAUGAAAUAGAGAAUGAAGAAUUACAGGCUAGUGCAAUUCCAAACAUUAAUGUUCAGCCUACCAGUGAAGAUGUCCCUUGCAGUAUGAUCACUGAUAAACAUUCUUUUACAGAUGAUGGUGACAUGACCUUUAGCUUUACUUACCAUGAAGUGGAAAAAAAAUGUAGACAAGAAUUUGACCUUUGGGAAAAAAGACAAAAAGUGCUAGAAAAUGAAAAAAUGGAAAGGCUGAGGGCUGAAAAGGAAACAGAGGAAAAACAAAAUGAAGAAAAAAAUGAAAGGAGACAAUGGUGCUUGGAGGAAUUUGCAUCUGAGAGGAUGAAGUUAGAGAUGCUUAAUAUGGAACAACAAGCUAGGAUGGAAGCUGAGCUAUUGAAAGAAAAUGAAGUUUGGGGAGUGAAGUGUAGGCAACAUGAGGAAUUCAUCAAAAGAUUACAACUACAAAUGGAAAAGGAGAAAAGUAUCUUUGAAGAGCAGCAAGCAAAAGAAAGACAGCACUUAGCAAAGCAGCAGCAUACAGCAGCUGUGAAAAUACAAGCCAAAAUGAGAGCAUUUUUAGCAUACAGAAAAUAUGCACCCAUCCUAAAAGAAAGGAAAGCAGAAAUUAAAAGGAGAAAGGAGCUUAAAGAAAAGAUGGAGAAGGAAGUGAAAGAAAAGGAAGAAAAAUUACGACGGCAAAUGGAGGAAAGGAAGGGGGAAAAAGAGCAGGAGAGGAAGAGACAAGAAGAAAUAGAAAGACAAAACUUUAUGGAACAAGAGAAGAGGCGUGAAGAAUAUGAAAAAAAGAAAGCAAGUCUGAAGUUUGAAAGAGAAAAACAGCUUCAAUUAAGACAGCAAGAAUCAACAAAAUUGGAAGUGAGAAUAACCAGGGACAAGAUGGCUGAAAAUAGAGAAAAAGAUGCACACAAUAGAGAAGAGGAAAAAGAGAGAGAAGAUAUAAAAGAAAUAAGAGAAGAGGAAAAGGAUCAGAAAAAACAGAUACAGGAAAUAGUUGAAGAGGAAGAUAAAGCUAUUAAAAAGAUGCAAGAAGUAAAUAAUAUGGAGAUUCCGAAAGAGAGAAAACUGACAUCACCAAAACCUGGGAGGAAAGAACAAUCUUUUGAAACAAAUAUUGAAGACUUAGAUGAGAAUUCAGUGGUACAUGUAGAAAAAAGUUACUCACAAACUAUAUAUAUUGAUAAAAAUAUAAAUGCAAAUACUUUGGAUUGUGAUCCUGUUGACCUUUCUGAUGUUAAUGUAGUAGGAAAUAAGGAAAACAGUAUACUCAGCAGUCAGUAUAAUGUGAAGUCUCAUCCAGACACUGAGAAAAUAGAACACAAAGUGCAGUCUUUUAAUUUUGAAGUAAUUAAAACAUCAGAAGAUGGAAUGGGAGAAAUGCAGGUGGAACUCACUGAAAAUGUGGAUAAAAGUGAUAAGAGCACUGAGUAUUCUGAGAAGUCAUUAACAUUUUAUGAUGAUAUUGAAAAGAAGAGACUAACAUGGAUGAAGACAUGUAAACCGUGGUCUGAAAUUUGUAGGGAAAACCAGAAAAAGAAAGAAGUUAAAAUAAGCCGGCCAAGAAAAAGCACAGCUAAUUCAAUGCCUCCAUUAAGUAUAGAAAUGAUCAUUCAGAGUGGUCCUUGGAGUGCACUCCAACAGGUCACGACACUUACGCUUCAAGAUUUGCCUGGGUGUAGCCUCUCUACGUUGUCAGAAUGCACAAAUCUUCAGUUAUUGACCCUUAGGCGAUGUGGGAUAACUGCACUGGAAGGACUAAGUAACUGCAAAGACCUCAAGUAUAUUAAUGUAGAGGAAAAUAAUAUUCAAACAAUAAAUUGUGAAAAACUGGAAAAUCUCUGCAUUCUAAAUCUGAAUAAAAAUCAGCUUUCGUCAGUUUGUGGCCUAGAUGGCUGCCAUAAUCUCCGAAAUCUUGAAUUAUCCUACAAUAGAAUUACACGAAUUGGUGGCUUAGAGUCAUUGAAAAAUCUUCAGCAACUCAUUGUGGAUCACAAUCAGAUAAUCAGCACAAAAGGUCUUUGCGAUGCACCUACACUGAUGCACAUUGACUGCUCUUUUAAUCAUCUUACUCAUCUUGCGGGCAUUGAGAAUUGUGCCAUGCUACAAAUUCUGAAGUUACAGGGCAAUAACUUAAGUGAGUUCCCAAGGUUGGAAAAUCACGUUCUGCUAAGAGAGCUGUGUUUGGAUGACAAUAGUAUCUUAACUAUGGAAAGAUUUUCUUUGUGUUGGCUGCCUUUGCUUCAGUUCCUCUCUCUCUCACAAAACAGUUUGACGGAACUUACACCCCUAUUUUCAUGCAUCUCUUUGGAGAAGCUAGAUAUCAGCAACAACUACUUGUCAGACCUUAGUAGUGUUAGCACAUGGUUUAAUGGAUGCCAUGAACUAACUGAAUUAACGCUCAAUGGAAAUCCACUUCUCCAAGAAAAAAACUGGAGGUGUUCCAUACUUAAAAUACUUCCUAAUUUGCGAUUUCUUAAUGGUGAAACCCUAAAUUCUGAUAUGCAGCUCACAACUGAAAGAAUUAAGGAGUCAGAAUCACAAAGUUUUCUGGCAUUUUGUCAAGCCCAGAUUCAAGAAAUUGGUGUAUUAAAAAAGAAGUCCUCUGCAUUAGGAAAUGCCUUUUCCUUUGAUGCUGCACAAAACCAAUGUUGGUAUUUUGAGGAACUCAUGAAAGUCAGUAAUGAACACCGUUAUGCACAUGAAUACGGAGACUUCAACAUCACUGACAGAGAUGAACCAGAAGCACUGCAAAAUCAUUUAAAGGAAACAGUCACCAACAGGCUGCAGCAAAAUAACCUCUUUAUCACUGGUGCAAAGGAAAAUAAGCAGGGCUCGUUGGAUCCUUCUGAAAGAUGGAUUACUUCUGGCUACAUUCAGUCCAUUAACUCUUCAGUAUCUUUAUACCAAAAGGAAAGCAAUGAAGAGCUCAGAAUAGAACAGAAGAGUACUGAAUUUUGCCACAGUCCCAAUAGUGAAGGUGAAGAUCCCAAUAAAAUAACUGUCCAUACUAAAAGAAACCUAUUCAGAGCGCCAGUUAUGGCAUGCAAAAAGGGAAGAAUUCUUCAGUGUUUUGAGCAUGAUGGACAAAACUUGGCAGCUACAAUAAUUCAGUCAUAUUGGCGAGGUUAUGUAAUUCGCAGAGAUAUUCAUUUCUACACUAGACUACAUAUAGCAGCAACAGUGAUUCAGUCUAUUUGGCGGAGGUACCAAACCAGGAAAAAAACUUCCCUCCACAAAAAAAAAUGUAAUCAAGUCACACGCACAACAGAACAAAAGAAUAGAGCUGCCACUCUUAUUCAGGCAUUUUGGAAGGGUUUCCUUCUGAGGAAGAAACUGGCCAGUGCUCUUGCUGCUGUUAAAAGUGCUGAAGUGGAGGAUGACUAUGAAGAAGUAAAUGUGGAUGAUUUUACAUUUGAUGAAGCUGCCUUAGAGAGGGAAUGGCUAACUUUAGAUUCCACCCGCUUCCCUUCAAAAACACUGCUGCUCUCAAACCAGCUGCACUGGCCAAAGUAUCCUAAGUCUCUGUGUUCUGAUGGAAAUUCACAUAAUUUGCCGUGGUCUCCAUAUGAAGCCUGGCAGUGUGAUAAGAGAGUAUAUUCAGUCUCCCCAAAAAGCAGCCAGCUUAGCAGCAGGUUGAAGAAGAGAUCUGUGUCACCAUUCUCUGACCUGAAGGAUAAAGAGCAAUUUUCAUUCAAAUCAGGAAAAGAAGAGAAAAUUUCAGAAGAAUGGGGUUUUAAGGAUAUUUCCACUGCACAGCUAAUGCUGAAGAGAGCGCAUAAAAUGAAACGCAAGAGAUCUAGUCAUAAAACUCUAGACCCAGCUGUGUGCCUGGCGUUGUUCAAAAACAGUGAAAAUAAACAUCCUCCUGUGAAACCACCAAGGAAGACACAGCCUGGAGAAGUCGGUUACUUUGAAGGUAGUAAGGAGGAAUUUGUUCACUCAAAUAAUACUUCAGCUGAGAAAUUACAAAUGAGCAGAGAAUUUACAUACCAAUGGCUUCAUACACAGGUUUGGGAUUUUGAAGCAACCAGUUCCAGAAAUGUAAAAUGCAACCGCUUCUUGCCGGAUUUAAACCCAGAAGUAUGCAAUGGUGGGCGCGUUCAGCUUGUGGCAAGCCCUGUAAGUAGAGAAGACACAGAUUUAGACCUUGUUUCCAUGACCAGUGGAAGUGCUUUGACUCAGAACAGAGAAAAAAAUAAUCAGGCUCACAGACACUCAGCAGGAUCUUCAAAAAAGAACAUCUCUACCUCAGACAAACCACAUUGGAGUCCAUUUCAUAAGGAGCGGAUAUCAUUUCGGGACCAUCCAGUCCAGCUCAGCGGAGGCUGGGGAAGCGGCAAGAAAAAGACAAAAACCUUAAAACAUUAGUUGUAAUUUCAACAUGCAAAACAUAUGGAGAGCUGUUUCUUUUUAAGAGCUCCGUAAAUAUCAAUUAGUUUAGGAUCCUAGUUAUAUGUUACCAAUAUACUCAGUUUGAAAGAACUGCAUUUGAUUUAUUUUACCAUACAAGCUUUGCAGUUUUGUUUUUGAUAAAAAUAUUUUAUAUGUGACAGUAGACUAUCAUAAUUUGCAUUUCCAUGUGGAAUACAGAGUCUCUUAUUCUUUAGGACUUGCUAUAAUGUGAUUUAUGAAACAAAUUUAGCUUUGCUUAGUUCAGGAGUAGAAAUGUAAUAAUGGCUAAUGUUUACAUGAUAUAUGUCAACACCUGGAAUUCUAAAUUCUAAUGAUCUCAUAAAUACAAUGAUAGUUUAUUCUGUUUUUAUGCUCAUUAACUGUGUUAUGGCCUCAAAUAGCUAAGAAUGCCCCAUUACACUGACACAAGUCAACGUGAAUUGCCUUAUUGAAGAAGCACACGUUAGAAACAUAUUACUAGUAGUCAGGUGCCAAUAUCUGUUUCUAGAAAUACAAGAAGUACAUGCAAAUUCUAUUGCUAAAUUAUGGUAACACAGUUCUAUUGUGAUGUUAUGGCAAGCUGCUUAUGUUUUAUACUUUCAAGGAUUUCUAACAUAUCUUCUAGUGGAAUAAAGCACAAAAUUGAAUUUACCACCCUGCAGUUUUGUCCUGGGGUAGUAUAGCAUUACUUUGCUAAGUCAAUGAUAGGCAGUGUCUAGCUGUCCAAGUAGUUAUUCUCAUUUAGCUUAGUGAAUUGUGUAAAAGGUUUAUGAUACAGCUUCACUAAAGAAAAUAUAUGAAGUAAGAUGUUUAACUUUCUCAGUAUUUAAGUCAGUAAACAACUCUCAUUGCUCUUAAUGAACACUUUGCUUUCCUGUAUGUAGGAAGGGGAAAGGCUGGUAUUUUUCCUACAUUUUUUAAAUGUUUUCUAUUUAGAGGGUUGAAAUUACUAAUUGGAUCUGGAGAAGCAAGCCUUUCGUGUUUCCUUAUCUGUUUGCUCUUGUCUAAUCCUGUUCUUACGAAGUCUCAAACUCCUCCAAUUAAGAUUGAGGUGGGAAGGCUAGUGGAGUUGAAACUUUAGUCAAUAAAGAAAACAUUAAUACCUAUUUAUGUUGUGACUGCUUUUAAAUUACACUGUACGUUUUACAAGAAACUGUUUUGUGAAGUGUCCGUAAUACUGACUUUUUUGUAAUAUCCACAAUAUAUAAAAUAUACUGAAAGUGA